CUUCAAUCCCCAUCACCUAUUUAACCCAUCCCUCCACCCAGCUCCCCUCUGUUAAAACCCCCUGAGGCUCAGAAGGUCAACGCUUGCUCAGGAUCACCCUAGUUGUAAGUAGUGGAGCCUCACCAUGGACUUCCCUACUACAUGGCCUCAACUUCUCUCACUUCAUCAGCGAUACGAUCCUGGAAAGGCCUGUGAGCGGGAUGUCCAGUGUGGGGCGGGCACGUGCUGUGCCAUCAGCCUGUGGCUACGUGGGCUUCGGAUGUGCACCCCGCUGGGGCGGGAAGGAGAGGAGUGUCACCCCGGCAGCCAUAAGGUCCCCUUCCUCAGAAAACGCCAGCACCAUACCUGCCCCUGCCUGCCCAGCCUGCUGUGCUCCAGGUGCCUGGAUGGCAGGUACCGCUGCUCCACGGACCUGAAGAACAUCAGCUUCUAGGAGCCUGUCUGUAGUCAGGAUACACAUCGCGCCCCUGCAUGAGCCCAGCCUGGGCUCGCCUCUUAGGCCCUAUCUGCCCCGUGGCCCAGCUCCCCCACCGCCCCGUCCCCGAACUGUCCUCCUC